GCGAGGAUGAGGAGGCGACACCGCGGAGAAUGACUGGAGGGAGGCUCUAAUCUGGGGUUCAAAUCAGACAUUUUCACUAUGAAUUGCGUUUGUUUGUUUGAUAAAGUCGCACUUUUUGAACUGUCCGAGCCUACAGUACAUCUGCUCACACUGUAGGAUUUAUGUGGCAUUUCAACAAAGGUGGUGGAAAUCCUGGCAGAGAGACGCCGAUAAGUUCUUUGCUUUUUUAAUUUUGGGGACAGCAUGCCGCGAGACAACAAAACUCCUCUCAUCCAGAAAAUAGCAAAACAAGCUUAUACGACAUUCAGAGGCUUGGAGUCGUCUGCCAACAGCGACAAUAAAGGCGUUGAGGACAAACUUAAUGGGCUAAUCUCCUUAGUAACUGCCGUCAGGGCUUCCGACGUGAAAAUUGCUCCUCGGAAAACCAAACCGAGCUCCGGGGCAGCGGGGCUCCAGAGCCCCCCGGUCACCUACAUGCACAUUUGCGAGACGGAGGUGUUCAGUAUGGGUGUGUUCCUGCUGAGGAGCGGCGCGUCCAUACCGCUACAUGAUCACCCGGGGAUGAACGGGAUGCUCAAGGUUCUCUAUGGAAAGGUGAACGUCCGCUGCUUUGACAAGCUGGAGCAAAACCUGGCUGUAACCACAGUCCCACCCGUAUUUGACCCCCCGGUACCCCCACUGCAGAUGACCUCCGCGUGGCGUGCCGUGCUCCGCUCAGUGGUUGAGUACUCAGAGAACAGCGGGCCAUGUCUCCUCACUCCUGUGCGGGAUAACCUUCACCAGAUCUACGCAGUCGAUGGGCCCGCCGCCUUCCUGGACAUCCUGGCUCCUCCGUACAAUUCAGAUGAUGGGCGAGACUGUCACUAUUACAAAGUCCUGCAAAGUGCACUAGAAGAUGAAACCAAUGCAAAAGGUCACCAGGAACAGCAGGGAGAGAAGGGGAAGGAAGAGGAGGUGUGGCUCUUAGAAAUCCCUCAGCCGGAGGAUUUCUGGUGUGGUGGGGAAUCAUACCCAGGGCCUGCAGUCUCUGUGUAAUAGAAGCCUGUGCUCGAAAGGAAAUACACUACAAAGUAUUACAGACUUGUUUGUUCUGCCAUCUUCCAGAAGGAAAACCAAAAAUUGAGUCAUAAUCACCUGGAAGUUACCUGGACUGACUGCCUUGCUCUUGGUUAAGGAUAAUAUAUUAGUGCAGAGGCAUACACAGGCUUAAACUGACUUAAAGCCCUCUUGGAAUUAGGACAACUGAACAGCCUUCCACAAAUAUCCCUGUGGUAUUGGGAAGUGUUAUCCCGGGGAAUUCUCAUUCCUAAUAUGGUGUUUUCCUUCAGAUCAUUAUGUUGCCGUGUACACUUAUGAAUGUUAUUAGCAAAACUUUGUGAAUGGUGGGGUAUCAUUAGGAUCUCUGCUGUGCUCCUUGGUGUUAGUCUCUGCUGCAGAGAG